UUUUUUUUUGGUUAUAAAUAUCCAUUUAUUUUGCAUAUAACACUUCACUAUUCAUAUAAUACACAAAUCAUUGUAUUUUUGUAAAAAUAUGAAUUCAUUUUCCACACUCUCAUUUCUUCUUCUCCUUGUGCUUCCCCUCUUGGCUUCAUGUCAUGAAAAACAGGUUUAUAUAGUGUAUUUUGGAGGGCAUAAUGGGGAGAAAGCAUUGCAUGAGAUUGAAGAAAACCAUCACUCAUAUUUAUUAUCAGUGAAGGAUAAUGAAGAAGAAGCCAAAUCUUCUCUCAUUUAUAGUUAUAAACACAGCAUCAAUGGAUUUGCCGCACUUCUCACCCCUCAUCAAGCCUCUAAAUUAUCUGAGUUGGAAGAAGUGGUAUCAGUGUAUAAAAGUGAGCCAAGAAAAUAUAGUUUGCAUACAACAAGGUCAUGGGAAUUUUCUGGAGUGGAAGAGUCAGUGGCACCAAAUUCUUUGAACAAAGAUGACUUGCUAUUGAAAGCCAGAUAUGGAAAAGAUGUUAUUAUUGGGGUUCUUGAUAGCGGGCUAUGGCCAGAAUCUAAGAGCUUUAGUGAUGAAGGGAUAGGACCAAUUCCAAAGUCAUGGAAAGGAAUCUGCCAAUCUGGAGAUGCUUUCAACUCUUCAAACUGUAAUAAGAAAAUAAUUGGAGCUAGGUACUAUAUAAAAGGUUAUGAACAAUAUUAUGGCCCUCUAAACAGCACCUUAGAUUAUCUAUCUCCAAGAGACAAGGAUGGACAUGGAACUCAUACAUCAUCAACAGCAGGAGGUAAAAAGGUUCCAAAUGCCUCUGCCAUUGGUGGCUUUGCAUCUGGCACCGCCUCGGGUGGGGCCCCACUCGCACGGCUUGCAAUGUACAAAGUCUGUUGGGCUAUUCCAAGGGAGGGGAAAGAAAAUGGGAACACUUGCUUUGAUGAAGACAUGUUAGCAGCACUGGAUGAUGCUAUUGCAGAUGGUGUUGAUGUUAUUAGUAUUUCCAUUGGAACAAAACAGCCUCAGCCUUUUGAUCAAGACAGCAUUGCAAUUGGAGCACUUCAUGCCAUGAAGAAGAAUAUAGUUGUAUCUUGUAGUGCUGGAAAUUCAGGGCCUGCACCUUCUACAUUGUCUAAUACAGCUCCUUGGAUUAUCACUGUUGGUGCAAGCAGUGUUGACAGGAAAUUUUUGUCACCAAUUGUACUAGGAAAUGGCAAGAAAUUCAUGGGACAAACAGUUACACCUUACAAGCUGAAGAAGAAGAUGUACCCUCUAGUUUAUGCCGGAGAAGUGAUCAACACUAACGUAACCAAAGAUUUAGCAGGGCAAUGUUUACCAGGUUCUCUUUCGCCAGAAAAGGCCAAGGGGAAAAUAGUAAUGUGCUUGAGAGGGAAUGGGACAAGAGUAGGAAAAGGCGGAGAAGUGAAAAGGGCAGGAGGAAUUGGUUACAUACUAGGAAAUAGUAAAGCAAAUGGGGCUGAGUUAGCAGCAGAUGCUCAUCUUCUUCCAGCCACAGCAGUGGACUAUAAAAGUGGAGUUCAGAUUCUCAACUACAUCAGUUCUACAAAGUCCCCUGUAGCUUAUAUAGUCCCAGCUAAAACAGUUUUGCAUGCUAAACCAGCACCUUACAUGGCUUCAUUCACUAGUAGAGGUCCAAGUGCAGUUGCACCGGAUAUCCUCAAGCCGGAUAUCACGGCACCAGGGCUGAAUAUAUUGGCAGCAUGGAGUGGAGGAUCAUCCCCUACGAAGCUAGAUAUUGACAACCGUGUAGUUGAGUAUAACAUACUCUCAGGUACUUCCAUGUCUUGCCCUCAUGUUGGGGGGGCCGCAGCACUUUUGAAGGCUAUACAUCCCACUUGGAGCAGUGCUGCAAUAAGAUCUGCUCUCAUAACCUCAGCUGAAUUACAAAAUAAUGUUGGUGAACAAAUAACUGAUGCAUCUGGGAAGCCAGCAGAUCCAUUCCAGUUCGGAGGAGGGCAUUUCAGGCCAUCAAAGGCAGCAGAUCCUGGACUUGUCUACGAUGCUUCCUACCAAGACUAUCUUCUCUUCCUGUGUGCCUCUGGUGUCAAGGAUCUUGACAAAUCCUUCAAGUGUCCUAAGAAAUCACAUUCGCCUAGAGACCUAAAUUACCCAUCUCUGGCUAUUCCAAAUCUCAAUGACACUGUCACUGCUAGAAGAAGAUUAACAAAUGUUGGUGCACCAAAGAGCAUUUACUAUGCCAGUACCAAACCUCCAUUGGGAUUCUCUAUUGAGAUUUCACCACCCGUCUUGUCUUUUAACCACGUUGGCUCCAAGAGGACGUUCACUAUCACAGUGAAAGCUCACCGUGACAUGAUGGAUAGAAUUCCGAAAGAUCAGUAUGUGUUUGGAUGGUAUUCCUGGAAUGAUGGAAUCCAUAAUGUUAGGAGUCCAAUUGCUGUAAAAUUGGCAUAAAUACUCAAACCCAUAGCAGUAUAGGGGUAUAUAGUGCUCUGUUUUCCCUCAAUUGGUGCACAUAACUUUACUUUAGUUACAUCUGAAGCAAAGAUAUCUCGCUAGAGAAUAAAAUCAGUGCAUUUCUCAUUUCUAUCCUAAUGAAGUCUUAGUAUGAACUUG